AUGAGUGAUGCAGAAGAUGCUAAUGAAAUGCUUUUUUAUAUAUAAGACAUUUUCAAUAUUGGUGAUUACAAGCUGAACAGAAUUCUAAUUAACACCUUACUUCAAUAUGCUUUCCUUCCUAAUGUAGUCAAGUCACUUUGCGAUCUUCAAAAUGCUCCUACACUGAGUUUGAAUACCAGUCUAUAUGUGCUGAUUUAAACCUUUAGAAUCAUUAAGGAGAAAGCAUUCAUCAAUCUUCUCUUUAGUGCUCUAUUCUUACCUAACUUGCCUCAAGAAAUCCUCGAUAGAGUGGUAAAUGUCCCUGAUGCUCCAUAAACCUAUUCCUAAAAGUUUUAGUAUAAAAACUACUCUCAAUACUCUCUAAAAGAUCAUAUUCUUGAGUUCUAUAAUACUAAGAAUAUCGAUUUAUUCCUAUUGCAUUGUUCUUAGCAGCAGCUUCUUAAAAAUAUCAAGAUUAAGUAUGAAAAGUAGAUAUCUUAGCUAUAGUAAGAGAGACUUGAGGAUGAAGAAUACCAAGCUAAAUUAUUAGUAGAAGAGCAAACUGCAUAAGAAGAUGACGAAUUUUUCGAUUGUAAAAGUGAUGAGGAGGAAAUCAAAAUCUAUGAGAUACAAGAAAAAAUGACUCUACAAAAAGAUGAAAUACAGCUAGUAAAACUUCAACAGAUUAAAGCAGAUCUGUAGAAUGAACUAUUUAGCCUAAUAUAGGUCGAGGACCAAUAAAAUAUAAGGCAAUAGCAUCUCUAACUUAGCUUAGGUUUGGGUUUACCAAAGAGUGAUCAGUUGAAGGAAGAGCCUGUAAAUAAUUGCAAAAAUACUUUAUUGUCAUUUCUAAGAAGCAAAGAUGAUAAUUUGCUACUUUUAGUAGGAGGAUUGAUAGUGUCUGCUAUUAAUAACAAUGUGAUAAAUCCAAGAUUUAUAAAAUUAGUUUCAGAAAUUUGCCCGAGAAGAUUUAUUAAGUAACAAAUAGAAGGAGAUUCAGAAGAUUAGACUUUCUCUUACCCAAGAUAUCAUUAAUUGAUUAAUAGAUUAAUUGAAGUAAUCGAGAUGGAUCCUCCUUUUAGAACAUUCACUACUAGAAUUUAUAUAAAGCUCCUCUUAGAUCUUUGUCCUCCUUAAUCAGGACUAUUUGAGAGCAGAUACUUGAAGAGAUUAUUAUCGACCUAUAAAAAUAGUAUACAGCACCUAAAGAAGAUGGUAUACCUGCUGAACCCAGAAAACUACCUAGAUCCAUUCUAUUACUUCAUGGAAAUAUUUUAAACUGCAGUUAAAAACUUUAAAGAAGUCAAUUCAGUACAUGAAUUUUACAAGCUGCUUUCUCAUCCAUUGCUUAUGUGCCCUUAUUUAACAGAAGAGCUACAGAAGAAGAUGCCAGUGUAAUUAUAUCAACCUAUGUCAAGAGAAGAAGAAUCAGCAAAUUAAGCAUUUUUCACUUAAGAAUUAGUAAUGAAAAGAUGGCUGGUGCAUGAGUAUGCAAAGGGGCUUGGUCUUGAUGGAAACUUGAUUCUAAAAGAAAGCAAAAAAUAUGAAAUGAUAACAAGCAGAGAGUUUGGACAAGCAACUCAUUGGGAGGAGGGUAAAGACAUUGAUGUAUUUCCUUCAGAUACAAAAUAUUUUACUUGCUUCCAGAAAUAUUCCAAAUUCAGUUCAGACUAAAUUUUAUUCUUAGCAGAUGAAAAUUACCUACUCUUUCUCAAACCAUCUAAUCAACCAUCAAAACUUAUGAAACCAUAUCAAUCUUUGAUGAAUAAGCUACCUGAUAAUAUAUAUAAGUCAAAGAACUCAAACUAUGAUUAUGUAGUCAGCUAAAAUCAAAGUGCUUCAUUUGGACUUCCAUUCUAUGGAUAUGAAGACCAACCAACAUUCAAGGUCUUGAUCAAGUAAAAGUUUAAGCAAGUCAUUGAGACAAUGCUAGACCCAAAAGAUUUUAGAAAUCUAAGAAUUUAUUUAGUUGAUAAGAAUGAGCCUGAUGGAUACAGAUGGCUGGAAUACCAGUUUGAAAAUGGUCAAAUUGCCUAGCUGAUUAAGGAUCAAUUCAUAGAUGAAAAAAAGAGGAACCAAAUGAUUAAUGAAAAGCAUGUACUCGAAAACUUUUUGAUUGAGGAGUGCGAAAAAGAGCUUUUUUAACUAUUGGUAGCAGCUGAUGACUAAAAUUAAUAAUGA